AUGACUGCAAGAACUCUUGUAUUUGAGAAAUGUGCAAGGUAUACAACUCUUGUGGACCAAUACAGAUGCUGGGCUUUAGGCCUUACUAAUCCUGCUAGGCAGAUAAAUUCAACUUUUCUCAGAUGUUUAUAUCAAAAUUGUUCAGAAAAAUUCGAUUAUGAAAAACCAAGUUGCGCAAAAGCAUGCCUUGCCAUAGGAAAUCCAAAUUUGGAUCUUUCAUGCAUUCCUUCUUGUUCAUCUUUGCAUCCGAUUGACCAGGAUCAAUGCCUUAACUCUUGCAGAAGUUCUCAUAGACUCUCACCUCUUUACGAUUUCAAAAAUGCAUUUGAACUCUGUGAAGACUUUUAUUCAUUUUCUCUUUAUACUGACGUUUCAAACAAAGAUUUUCAACAAACUGCUGAAUUUGGUUCAGCAAUGAGAAUUGUUUGUGCCGAAAGUUUCAAUCCAAUGCCUGUUUGUCAAGGAAUUGCUCGAAAUACAAUUCAAAAAACAAUUUCACUAAUUCAAACUACUGACAAAGAUGAUUCUACUUCUUUUUGCAAAGCUAUGGGAUUUGUUGAUUAA